CUCAUUGAUCGUUGUCCUCUCGGAAGACCCCAUAGGUAACUCCGAGACGGGGGUUCACAUGUCACAGAACGGAACCCUAAACAUUUCACGCGACGAUGUUGGGGAGGGUACACGUGUGUUCAUCGUCAAGAAUGGAGGGAGUGAUCAGGGUAAUGGUGAAGGACAAGGAAUGGCAUCACUAUCCCGAACACCCUCCAUAAGCACCAGCACAAGUCAACAUGGCGGCAGUGUUAGUGAUAGUGGAGGGAUGGGUAAUUGUGAGAGUGAUAAUGUUAUUAAUGGGAUGCUUAGGCCAGGGGAUGAAGAUGUAGAUCCUACCUCAGAUCUAGGUGCAGAUCUUCAGCAUAUUGAAGAGUGGUUAAAAACACGCAGUGAUAGUUUUUCGAGCUUUGAUUUUGACCCCGAAAUCAAACCCUCAGAAGUUGAUAUAAAUGACUUCUUUAACCUCAAGAGUGGUGUGCAGUUUCAUGUCAGUGGUCAAGACUAUGGUUUAGUAUUUUCCAAAGAUAAUACAAGUGAUGCUGGUGCUUCAACAAGUACUAUGUUGCCAAAUCAGUUUACAUUCCCUGACCUCGGUGACAGUCUUGGCGGCACGGGCAGUCGAAGGAAUAGUUUUACAAAAAGGCUAGAGACACUGAUGCAGGUGGAUAAGGGUUUGUUUGAAGAAUUGCUGUUAACAGACCCCAAUAAGAAGUAUGGCAACAAAAAAUCAGAGAAUUUACCUUCAUUACCCGGAGAGGAUCCUUCUCGAGGUUUAUUUGAAGAGUUGUUGUUGCCCGGAGCACAGGAGGACUUGGCUCGUCACGCCCAGGAACUUCUUCUCACAGUGUCGAUGGAGAAAAAAGAAUCUAAUACAUCAGGUCAAGUAACCGGAGAGAAUGAGUCGCUGCGUGAGCCAGUGGAAUGUAGUGUUCCGCUGUCGGAGAAUACCCAAGAUGCGAGGAGUGACCAUGAAACCUCCGACGAACUGGAUCUCAUGGUUAGGAAUAUUCAGCCGAUCAAGUUGAUGAGUCCGCAGGAAAUAGAGAACAUGGCAUCAAGGCCACUAGGCUUUGAUGAAACUCCUAUCAAAACAGAAGUUCAAAGAAAUAGAGACGGUUCUAGUCAGAUGGAAGAAGAUUUUAACUUCAUGCCAUUUGUUGCUCGGGGAUGUGAAGACAAUAGCACGCUUCCGCCAGAUCUCUUGACAAGUCCAAAUAGUGAGGUAGACAGUAAGCUCUCCAGUAUAUUGGCCAUGGAUGCGUCUAAUGACACUCUAGAAAUUCCGAGUUCUGAAGCCAGUGACAUGCUUGAAACUCUCGGUAAAACUCCUCCAAAAUUAGAAAGAAGCAUUUCUCCGGGUACAUUCUUGGUAAAAUUGGAACCUAAGGAAAAUCGAGAAGCGCGUGAGAAGACCCUCACACCAACAAAUGUGUCAACGUCUAGUCAGCUUAUAACUGUUGCUAUGCCGCCCCCUUCAACAACAUUUACCAAUACAACAGCUUCUUUUCAACCUACUGUCCCUAUAUCAAUUCUCAAUGUAAAUGAUAUUAUUAGCACUGCCAUAACUAAGACAACAACCACUCCUAGUAGCAGUUUGGUUACUGCUGUCAGUUGUAGUUCUGUUGUAAGCUUUACAACUGUCACAACUACUACCACUACUGCCUCAGUUAGUAUGGCUCCUAAAGGACUUUUGAAAAUCCCCUCAGGACCAGUCCGCACAGAAUUGAAAAAACUGCCCAUUGGUAUGGUUCAACUUCGGCUCGCUGCACCACCGCCGCCAGUCACUUCCCUUGGUACUGCAUUAACAACUGUGACAACAACAGCAAGUCCACAGCUGCCAAGACCUGCAUUCAUACUAAGGCCUCUGAUUACACCUGGUCAACAACAACCAUCUCAACAGCAAACCACAGUGUCAGAAAACCUAGUAACCUCUAAGGAAAGUACCAAUGCUCCAUUAACUUUCACACCACUUAAAAUGGUAGCAGUACAGCCAUCUAACAAACCAGGCACAGCCAAUGUGACGAUCACGGUUGACCGAAAAGCAAAUUUGACCACAGUUAACAUAGUGUCCUCAAACAAUGAGCACACAGUUUUUAAAAUUAAUACUUGUGAUUUGGUGCGUGCCGUCUCCAGCAUCCGAGAGCCACAUUUAGACCCAUUGGGUCUUACUCCACAGCAAUUGCUGCGUUCUGCUCACACUGCUCACCGUCUGAUUCAGGAGGUUCAUCAGCAAGGGGCUGCACGUCAACCCAAAGGCGCUGGUAAAGAUGCUUCCCCAGGCCCACAAAAUUUUGAAAUCAAUCAGGCCUUGCAAGAAGUUAAGGCACCAAUCUCACGAAUGCAGCAAGGUCAGUUAGCGCUGUUGAGACAGGCAGCAGCUGCAGCAGUCUCCACAGCAAUUUCUACUACUGUAGCAAAUACCACUAGUGAAACAUGCCAAGCUGUCACAAGUAGUGGUAUGUGCACAAGUAUUGGAUCAACCAUAGUAGGAACAACACCACUGUUUACUACUGCUUCCACAUCUGGUUCUGUUAUGAUACCUACAACAGUGAAUGCAACUGUAUUAAAUACUGUCAAAGGUGUAGUAUCUAGCUUAACAUCACAGAAAGUACUUGGGGAUACAUGUGUGUCACCAGUUCGCACGGAGGUGAGGUCUUCGCGCCAGACUACAGUCACAGCUGCUGAGAAAUCCCAUAUAAAGAGUGAGGGUGUUGGUGUGUCCCUACGUCCUGGAGCCCCACCAACUAUGGUUUCAGUGCCUUCUGUCCUGGACACACUAUCAGCCUCCUCACUCAUCCCUGCUGACCUCCUACAAACAUCUGAUCAGUCGCCUUCUUCCUCUGCCCACAUACAAAGUGAUGAUGACCUUAAUGAUGAAAAUCCCGAGAUGUGCACAGUUUCAGAUGAGGUUGCCAACAAAGCCUUGGAAGAACUUGGUAUUCACAUAGAUUCUCUUCAGUGUGAACCCUCACCACAGGGGGGCAAACGUUGGCUCUGUCCCAUCAAAGGCUGCAGCAAGCAUUUUCCAAAGCUUUCAUCUCUAAAGGUUCACUUGCUGAGCCACAAUGGAAUCCGGCCGUAUAAAUGUAGUUAUGAAAAUUGUGACUGGGCCUUUUACACGUGGUAUAAGCUGAAGCGACACAUUGAAACACAUCUGAAGAGAAGGGACUAUGUGUGUUCAGAAACCAACUGCAACAGGAGAUUCACCACAGUUUAUAACCUCAACACACAUCUUCGCCUGCACCAGCGUCCAAAGUGCUGGAUGUGCUCACUGCCAGAAUGUACUCAAGCUUUCCACACCCGACGGGAGUUGGAGGUACACAUGAAGACUCACAAGGAUGUUGAAGCUCCAUACAAAUGUGGUGUGGAUGGGUGCAGCAAAUCUUACUUCACCCCCAACUCGCUCACAUCACACAUGCGUAGUCAUCAUAAGGAGGAAGAGUUACGAUGCCAGUGGACAGGAUGUGGCAAAAAAUUUGACAAGCCCUGCAGACUUAAAGCACACAUGAGAGUACACACAGGCCAGAGACCAUUUGUGUGCACAUUUGAGGGUUGUAACUGGUCAUUCCAAAGUGCAAGUAAAUUAAGUCGUCAUCAGCGAAAACACACCAACGACCGGAAAUUUACCUGCCCCAUCUGUCAAAAAUCCUUUCUCCGGUCCGAACAUCUUAAGGGCCAUUUGCUUAUCCACACAGGGGUUCGAAACUUUCAGUGCCCCAUUGAACAUUGCAAUGCUAAGUUCACUGCCAAAAGUAGCUUGUAUGUACAUCUUAAGAAACAUGAAGGAAAGACUAAGGAAAAUAACAACAAAGUUACUUAUCACUGCCCAAUAGAUACCUGUGAUAAGAGCUACAACUCCAAGUUUAAUCUCCGUCAACAUAUGCUCAAGAACCAUACUAUACUGACCACAAAUCAAAUGGACUACAUAACACUGCUUAGUGACAAGGACCUGAUGAUGGACCAACUCCUGCCUUUAACAGCUGGGGGUACAUCAUCUUCAUCAGUCACACUUGACUCCAAUGUGCCAUCCUCCACAUUUUCUUCUGCAUCUCCAUCUAGUGAUGCUCAAGCAACAUUACUCUCAAGCAUUGAACUCAUCAAUGGGGAUAUAGGUGCUGAUGGAAAUAAUAUUCCUCCCAUUAUUGUGAUGGAGGGAAGAAGUGGUGCUGAAGCCAUUGACAGCAUGGACGUCAGCAUGGCAGACACACUCAUCGGAACAGCAUCGGCUGCAAGCGGUGCAGAAGUGGAACCCCUUGAUAUGGCCACCAUCACAAAGGACGCCGCUGAAGACAUAAUUGUGUCUGGGGGUUCUGCUCGCACAGAUGUUUUAGGGAAUAUUAUACGCUCUCAACGUGCUAAAAAGAGGCAACAGUUGAACUUGGCUAAGAAGAUAGCAGAACUUGGUUGUCACACAUCCAGUGAUCAUUCCACUGGGGAAGGAGUGGUGAGUUUUACCAAUGAUGUUGUGUUGUCAGCCUCUGCAGUAACAAUGUCUGCUACAUCACAUCUUCAAUCUGCACUCUUACAGGAUGAUGGUGUUGGCAGUGAGCUGUACCAGGAGAGUCUGAUGGGCCAUGAUCUCCUGUCUGAUCCCACCACCGAUCCACAGUCAACUAUCAACCUUCGAGACUUAGAAUAAUGUUUUUAGUUCUCCUAGAAUCCUUUUUAGCUUGGGGAAUGUCUUGUUUACAGGUACUGUAAUUUGUAUUUAUGAACAUACACAUGUUUAUUGUAUUUAAUACUGUAUAAUGAUCUCAUGCAACACAACUGUUAUUGUGUAAAACUUUACGGGAAUCAUUUUCAUUUGACUUGUAAAGUGGUAUUCCUUAAAAUUAUUUUAUAUUUGGGAAGUUUCCAGUUUGAAGUCUAGAUAUUGACAAGAACAUACGUGGUAUUUAUGGUGAUCUUUUUCUUAUUGGUGGCAGAGAUUUUACUUUUUUAUGAGUAUUGACUGCCCUGAAGAGAUCUGUAAUGUAUUUAUUAAGCUUCUGAAUUUCUAUUUUGUUAAAAUGUCUAUUUUCUUUUGAGUAAACUGAUGCCCAUUGAUGCUUAGUUAAUUAAGUUAAAAUCUUUAGCCAUAGAAAAUCAGAAGCAAAUUAUAGCAUUUUUCCUUGUGAAAUGUGAUCAUCUUCUGGGUCUACACUAAUUUACAUUCUUUGGUGGAGAAACGAGUUCAAAAGGUAUUUUUUACUUAGGGAGUUAAUUGGAAGAUAUCUUGCCAAGCUAUUGUGCCUGGAUUCUCAAAGAGCUCGUAAGCAAUAGUAGAUAAUUUAUAGUCUGCUGUUAUCACUAAUGGUCCAUGUCUAAUUUUGAAAAGCCCAAUCAUUAAUGGAAUAAUCUAAUGGGAAUUAAAAAAAUAAAAAAUCCAAGAAAACCUAUUCCAGUACACAGAUGACAAAUAUAUUCAAGUUCCAUGUUAUUUGAGACAAACUCACACCAUGUGUAAUCACAACUUUUCAUUAUACAUAUUGCUUGUUAUAUCACGUCACUGGAUGACUAAUAGUGGGACAUUUUGGUGAAGAUGAAAAUAUGAAGGGCCUUACCUCAUAUAACAUAGGUCAGCAUAAAUUAACAUUUUACCCCACCACAACUGAACAUUAAUUCACCAUAAGGACUCUGAAUCUGCCACAUGAUUGUGACACAAAGAUGAAUGCAAGGUUAAUCAACAUAUCUAUAAUAUUAAUGGGUAAGAAAGGGGAUUUAUUAUUUACAAUAAUCAAGAUUUGGGUAAAUAGUUAAUAGUGGUAGAUAUUACCUCACAAGGUACUCUGCAAAAGGGACACAGAGAAUGUAUUACUAGUUUUUGUUACCUAUAGUCAUGUUUGUUUAGAAGAGAUACAUUCACUUAUAUUUUUUUGAGAAUGCCAUAGUUACUUUUAUCCUGAGAAGAUCACUGUGUGAGCUAUGAUCACAGAGGUAUGAGACUACAUCUUUCUUUGGAUGGCUUUAUUCUUUCUCUAUCUGAUAUACUGAUAGUAUACUCCAUAGUUACAUUGAGCAAGUUGAGUGUUUAUCAAGAAAAGUUUAUUUACUGAGGAUUAUGCAUUCAUCCCAAAAAUUAAAAUUGAGCAUUAAGCCAUAAUGGUAGAAUGUCAAGUGGCUUUGUACACAACUUAGUUUUUGUUCGUCUGAUUAAUCACAAGACCAGUUUUACCCCGUUUGUCAAGUUUUAAGAAUUACCCACAUAACCAUAGUGAUCUCGGAUAUAUUCUCAGUUUGUGGUAUUUUAUACCAUCACCCACCUGGUGAGUUCUUGGAAAGUUAAUAUAAAAAAAUAGUAACUUUUAUAUUUUGACAAUAGAUGAAGUUGCUUUUUGUAAUAAUUAUUUUUACCUGGCUAGUAAAUCCUUUACCAAGCUUUCCAAGCAGUCUAACUGAUAAUCAUUUUCUACGGAAGGUUUCCUACUACUGUAUUUCUCUCAGUGAGCCUUCACUCGUGUACUGUUGGGCAUGUGAUUUUUUCCUGAUCUGCGAUGUAAAAUUGACCUCUUGCUCAUAUAAUGCUGCCAUCUUCUCUUGUUGACAGAAGCUUUAUGGUUAGUUUUCUUAUAGAAGAAAUGGUAUUAUCGAAUUUGGAUCAGUUUGUGCAGUCUUUCCAGUGUAGUGGUUCCUGUGGUUGUGUUCGGAGUCCAACAUUGGGGCAGGGUUAGUACUUUUAAUCUUAAACACAUUGUACAUAUUGGGUUAAAAAACCCAAGUUGCAUAACACUGCCGUAGAUGCUAAGAAGGGAAAUUAUUGUAGUACAUUAUUGCCUUUGCCAAAAUUACUUAAACAAAUAUUUAACGGUCCAUACAUAGAUGUACAACUUGAGGUGUAUAAAGAGUUUUUCCUUAAACUUAGACAACUGUAAACCAGAUUGUUAAUAUGAAAGAAUUCUCUCAGUAACAUUACUCUUUAUCGAAAUACUUGUUACAUAGAGAAAAGUAUUUAGAUUUUUGAGAAAGCGAUAUGUCCUCACAUAAGUAAAACAAAAUUACCUAAUACAGUUUUAAGGUGCCAUGAGAAAAUGUGCACAUUAAGUGUGCAGGUCAUUGGGCUUUAAGGGGGAUUCAAACAGUGAAGAAGUCGAAUUAUGGGGUUACAGAUAUUAAACUUAGGGAGUUAAAGUUAUGUUGUCAGUUAUCCGAUAUUUCUUCUGUUUAAAUUAAGGAUACUUUAAUCAGAAGAAAUUCAGAUGUGGUUUGUUGAAGAUUGAAAUUGAGAUUGUUUUUGUGGUCAGUCAAUAUUAUUGUUACAUGUUGUAGAAAUAUAUGCCUUAUGAAUAUUAUUGUGUUGUACACUGAUUCACAACAUAUACUGUAUUACUACCAUUUUCAUAUCAUCGUGCACAUAAGUCCAGAGAUUCGUAGCAUAAUAAUGUGUGUGUGUGUAUUUGUAAGGGUGACUCUAAUGUUUAACUGUGUACAGUAUUAGUGUUUUUGCAUGCAGUAUUUUAUACAUUUACGUGUUUCAGACAAAUGUAUAAUUUACAAGAGCAUUUCACAUUUUUAUUGGUAUUGGUGUCAAGAACUAUGAACUGUGAAGAUUGAAGAUUAAUCUUGUGUAUUUACUGUACUUAUGAUUAUGAUUCACUGGCAUACAUAAUAAGUGUUCUCUUUUUUAAAAGAAAAAUCUGAGAAAUGAGUGUUAUCAAUAGAUUUUCUCACUCAUCUAGUACCAGCAUG